GGAAUAAUUAGUCAAAGCACCGAUGACGAGCAUCCGAACAAUCGCCGACGCACAUCUGAUCCAUCCACCAACCUCGCAUACGUAUCGAUCAGAUCGAUCGGGUUGAUCGAUCAGAACGUUAUUUCCCAAACUUCGACCGUGGGGCUCUUUGAGUCUGUGCACGACGUUGUUUCUGGAGCUAGAUGAUUGAGUUGAUUGCAGCGAGUUUUCUAGUGAAUUGUGUGUGUGCGCGGUGUAUUGGGAGGUGAUCGGUUUUGGUUGCAGCGAUGGUUCAGGGUCAGGACGAUUAUGAAGACUACGACGCCGUUCCGUACAAGGGAGGUUACGACCAGGAAGCGGCUUACGGCUCCUUGAGGACGGCCGAUGAGGAGUGUGGGUACCAGAGGACGGAGUUCGGGGAAAGAGACGACGAGCGGGAGGGAGGAUAUGGCAAUGAGAGAUGUCCGUAUGGGAAAGUGCCGGGACCAUCUGUGUAUGGAGGUGUUCCUACCCUUGGAGGUGUUUAUGGUGGUGGGCGCGACCGCACUCGACCGAGCUCCGACGGAGCGCGGCCAGAUGAAGGCAUUCAGGCGAACUGUGGACCUUGGAGGCCUGCUUAUGGUGAAGAGGAGGGAUCGGGCCAUACUAAUCCAUCUUACGAUGAGCAGGAGGAGGAAUACCGCAAGUCGAGGCCCAGUCACAGAAAAGAAGAGACGACUUACCAGCAGUCGGCAUAUCAGAGGUCAUCUUACGGAGAGGAAUCAGGUUACCGCAACCCAACACCAGUCUACUGGGAAGAGGGGUUGGGAUAUAUGAGGUCAGGUUACGGGGAAGAAGAAUUCGAUUACCGCAAACCAAGGCCUGCCUAUGGUGAAGAGGAGUCGGAGUACCGUCACUCGCAGUACAGGAAGGAAGAGGCGACCGCGGAGGUGGGCUAUGGCGGAUAUGGCCGUCGCCAGCAGUAUGGUGAGGAGAGCGGCCAUGGUGGUCGUUACAGGUAUGACGAUGCUGGUGAGUCCGCCCGGUAUGCCGGUGGCAGUCGCUACACGGAGCUGCAACCUGCUGAAGAGGACACCUCCAGGAGGUUUUGGUGGUGAUUGCUGCUUGCGGGUGGUAAAGCGAGGGACUCGGCGCUGUCUCCGAAUGUAGUUUUUACCAUGUGGGGACGUUAAGAUGGCACUGUGUGUUGGUCUGUCACCUCCAUGAUGAGGAUGGGAAGGACUGGUCUAGUGCAAUAAGCAUGGAGUCAUAGUGACAUGACUGCGGUUAGGCUUUGUUUGGGUUUGUGAAUUUUCGAUAAAUAGUGCUUUCCCUAUGAUCGAAUUACGUACUCUUAUCGCUGGACAUAAAUUUUGUCGAGCAGUUCCUGUCAUGCAAUCAAUCUGUUUCACGACUUGGUUGUCUGGAGCUUAAUGCAAUCGCCAUGUUUCGCUCGGGAAGAGUCUGCCUGACUG